GUUGUGCACCAACUCCUUCACAACAACCUGGAGUUUUUCCUCAUGUGUCAGCAGGUAAGCUGAGUCACCAGGCUAUGGUCAACUGGCAUCAUGUGAAACUUCAAACUCAAAAUGGUCAGAACACUGUACCUCUGUGGAUCAUAUGCAGUGACUUCUUUCUGCUCAACCACAAUGAGUUUGCAGUCUUGUUGAUACAGCUGCAUUCUUUUAGCCCCCCUUCCCACUAAUUUAGGGAUUGUUUUUUGUUUUUUUGGAAUUGAGCUCCCUCCCUACAUCCCUAGAAAAACCUGUGGUAACUCUCACCACCUCCCACCAGAUGCAGACUGUGAGUGUUUAACAUCAGACAGGAUCAUUCCACCUCAACUUCGGCAUCUCAUGAAGACUUAAAUCAGGGUUUGCAGUGGACAUUCAGCUACACAAGGUUAGGUGUUAUGAAAAUGUCCUUUUUGCCAUGUUAAUAGCUCAACCAUUAACUGAGGAGGGAAGAGACGUGCUGUGCUGGACAAACACAGACUGAGACCCCUCAGAGUUCUUCUCUGACCUCCUGAGUCAGACAUGGGGAAAGUCUACCAUGUCAAUAAAAAUGUGGGCCUUGGGAUGCUUGUACUGGCGGCCAGUGCUCUGGCUACGAUUAUAGCUCUGUCCAUUGCCUAUGACAAGGAAAGGACCAAGAAUCAAGACAAGCCUGGAGAUGAAGCAACAGACAGCACCAGCAUGCCUACACCCCCCACCACCUCCUUCACCCCGAAAGAGCCCUGGGACUACUACAGACUUCCGGACUCCCUCGUUCCUGUCUCCUACAAUGUGACCCUUUGGCCCCGGCUGGUGCCUAACGCAGACGGCUUGUACAUCUUCACUGGACAUUCAGCAGUGAUCUUAAGAUGUGUGAAGGAAACAGACCUCAUCAUCAUCCACUCCAAUAAGCUGAACCUCACCACCUCCUAUGGGCACCUUGCUCAGCUGAGUGGCCUGGGUGAAGCCACUGUGCCUGCUAUACAAAAGUCUUGGCUUGUUGUGAAGACGCAGUAUCUGGUUCUUCAGCUACGCAGCAGACUAGCUGUUGGAGCGUCAUAUGUACUUUACAUUGAAUUUAAGGGGGAGCUGGCAGAUGACCUGGAAGGCUUCUACAGGAGUGAAUACACUGAUGAUGGUGUGAAAAAAGUUGUCGCUACCUCGCAGAUGCAAGCGACGUAUGCCAGGAAAACGUUCCCUUGCUUUGACGAGCCAGCCAUGAAAGCCGUCUUCAAUAUCACCAUCAUCCAUGACCGAGACACUGUGGCCCUGUCUAACGGCAGGGAAAUUGACAUUGCAGACUCUGUCAUUGAUGGUGUGCCUGUCAAAGUGACUACAUUUGAGCCCACAGAAAGAAUGUCCACAUAUCUGCUGGCAUUUAUUGUCAGUGACUUUGUUAACAUUCAAUCAACCCAAAGCAACAGUUUAUUGGUUCGAAUCUGGGCUCGAAGAAAAGCCAUAAAUGACAGGCAGGGUGACUACGCUCUCAACAUUACAGGGCCGAUCUUUCAGUUCUAUGAGCACUACUACAAUGCAACGUAUCCGCUCUCCAAGUCAGAUCAGAUAGCUCUGCCUGACUUCCAUGCUGGGGCAAUGGAGAACUGGGGUCUGGUCACAUACAGGGAGACGGCCCUGCUCUUUGACCCCAUCAUAUCCUCCACUGGAAACAAAGAGAGAGUUACAACUGUAAUCUCCCAUGAACUUGCACACAUGUGGUUUGGCAACCUGGUGACUCUGCAAUGGUGGAAUGACCUGUGGUUGAACGAGGGGUUUGCAUCAUACGUGGAGUACCUUGGAGCUGACUCUGCUGAGCCCACCUGGAACAUUAAAGACCAGAUUGUACUGUCUGAUGUGCACAAGGUGUUUGCUGUGGAUGCUCUGGCUUCCUCCCACCCGCUGUCCCGCCGAGAAGAGGAGGUCAAUGAACCUGCUCAGAUCAGCGAGAUGUUCAACACCAUCUCCUACAGCAAGGGAGCUGCAGUGCUCAGGAUGCUCUCAGAGUUUCUCACUGAGCCUGUGUUUGCCAAAGGACUCAGUUCUUACCUGAACACAUUCGCCUUCGGCAACACGGUGUAUACAGACUUGUGGGACCACCUCCAACAGGCAGUUGAAAACACACCAGGUAUGCAUAUUCCUGACACUGUCCACAACAUCAUGAACCAUUGGACUCUUCAGAUGGGCUUCCCAGUGGUCACUAUUGACACCCGGACAGGAAGUAUCACCCAGAAACACUUCCUGUUGGAUCCAGACUCUGUAGUGGACAGGCCCUCUCAGUUCAAUUACACGUGGUUUGUCCCGAUUAAAUGGAUGAAGACAGGUGUGGAGCAGCAACAGUACUGGCUCCUUCAAAAGACAGACACCCACAGUCUGAUGAGAGUUUCAGGAGAGGACUGGGUGCUGGCGAACACCAAGGUAUCUGGAUACUUUAGGGUGAACUAUGAUCUUGACAACUGGGAUCGUCUCCUCUCCCUGCUCAACACCAACCAUCAGGCUUUACCAAUCCUCAACAGAGCACAGAUCAUAGAUGAUACGUUCAACCUAGCAAGAGCCAAAAUAAUCAAUACAACUUUGGCCCUGAGAACUACCAAAUACCUGUCCAAGGAAAGAGACUACAUCCCCUGGGAAUCAGCUCUGAGAAACCUCGACUUCUACAUCCUCAUGUUUGACCGCACUGAGGUCUAUGGAGCUUUACAGGCAUACCUUAAGAAACAAAUCCAACCACUUUUUGAGCACUUCAAGACGAUUACAGCUAACUGGACCAAAGUACCGACAGGACACACUGACCAGUAUAAUCAGAUCAAUGCUAUUGGAAUAGCAUGCAGUAUGGGUGUGGAGAGUUGCAGGGAGCUGAUCAAAAGCUGGUACAGACAGUGGAUGGAAAAUCCACAUAACAACCCGAUCCAUCCUAACUUGAAAAGCACAGUUUACUGCAGUGCCAUAGCUUUUGGUGGUGUGAAGGAGUGGGACUUUGCCUGGAGAAUGUUCAAGAACGUCACUCUGGCAUCCGAAGCUGCCAGGCUCAGGUCGGCCAUGGCCUGCACCAAAGAACCUUGGCUUUUGAACAGGUAUCUGGAGUACACCCUAGACCCAACUAAGAUGCGCAAGCAAGACGCCACCUCUACCAUCCAGUAUGUCGCCCGAAACGCUGUGGGGAUGCCGCUGGCCUGGAACUUUGUCAGAGCAAGAUGGAGCUACAUUUUCCAGCAGUAUGGAAGAGGAUCAUUUGCCUUUUCUAAUCUCAUCAAUGGAAUCACAAAGAGAUUCUCUACAGAGUUUGAGUUGCAGGAGCUGAAGAAAUUCAAAGAAGACAACCUCCAUGUUGGUUUUGGCUCAGCCACCUUGGCCAUGGAGCAGGCUAUAGAGAAAACCACAGCCAACAUCAAAUGGGUGACAGAGAACAAAGCCCAUGUGCUGAAGUGGUUUACUGAACAGUCCACAUGAGAACACUUAGGCAGUCAAAAUGACAAACUCUCUUUUUUUGUACUGUCAGGGAUAUGUCAUUUUUUGGUAACAGUUGCGCAAAGAUAACUGAUCAUCAUCUUCCGAGCAAAGGACCAGACAUGAUGAUUAGUGGACCACAUGUAUCACUAUAUAUCAGAGAUGUAGCGGUAAAUAAAGAAGUUGAACUCUCACCUCUAGUCUGUGAUUGUCAUAGAGAAAACCAUUGUAACAAAAGAUUGUUUUACUCACAUAACAUUUAUUUUUGCUCUCAGAAAGGCAUUCAUUCAUGUUGUUCCUUUUCGUCAUGCUUACUAUGAUGUAUACAAUGCAUUUAUAUCAUAAACAUGAGGCACUGAGCCACUUGUAGAACACCAGAGCAGCAUCGGUGUUCACUGAUAUUGAUUGUACAAGGGACUGAAACCUGUGACUGUCAUUAGUGACCCUAAUUAUGAUGGGAUGGGACUUAGAGUUUUUAACAACUAAAUUAACUUCUUCCAUGUUAAGUCAUUCUCAAUACUGGAUAUCUUUACAUUGAGAAUCAAUCUGCCCUUCACUGGUAGGAGAGAAAGAUAUUGUAAAAAGCGAUCUUACUGAAUAAAUGAGCCUGAUUUGAUUUUUA